AUGAAUGCAAUAUAUUUUCUUAUUUGCAUUCUCAUCAUUCUUCAACUCAAUCCAUAUAUUGUUUUAAGUCAACGUGAUUUUGACAAUCCAGCUGUUACUGAUCCCGCUCCAUGUUCAUGCGAUGUUCGAAUUAAUGUUUGCGAUUCAAACUGUUGCUGUGAUUCUGAUUGUGAAGAUUCUGAUCUGGAAGUAUCACCAAUAUGUAAAUCAAUACGAACUACUGCUUCUUAUGCUUCUGCGAAUCAACUAAGUUUUCAAACAUGGAAUUGCUCGAAUAGUACAUCAGCAGCUCUAUAUGAUUAUUUUCCAUUUGUUUGUGUACAAUUUGAGCUUAAUGAAGUUCUUGGAAGAUUUUAUUCAACAAGAAAUAUAACAUUUUUAAGCAGAUAUGAAGAUGCAACAAAUCUACGUACAACAUUUGUUAAUAAAUAUUCAGAUUUAUUUCAACCGACAACACUAUCAUCAUCUUCUAGUACAGUAAAUUAUUCUAUAGGUGCUCCUAUUAAACAACCAUCAGAUAUAUUAUUUACAUUACCUGGAAAUUUAGCUGGUAUGACUUGUCAAGAUAAUGUAAAUGUUUUAUUUGGAAUUAAUCGUGAUAUUUCAUGUACAUCGACUGCAAUAUCUAAUCUUUAUACUCGUAUAAAUUCUGCAACAUCAUUUUUGAAAGGUGGUGAUUCAACUUUACUUGUAAACGUCACUUUUUUUACACAAAUAUCUUCAUCAUCUACAACAAAUAUAAGAGAUUCUACAAGCGAAUAUUAUUUUCGAAUUCCAAAUUCUCCAAAUAUCAAUGAUAUAUCAUUUACUAAUGGUUCUAUUUAUGAUUACUGUCCUGGUAGAUAUCCAAUUACACGAACUCAACGUUAUCGUUCUGUUUGUAAUGUAACUGAUAUUACCUUAUGUAGUAAUCAAUAUCAAACAUGGAGUAGAUGUCCAUUGAGAGAUAGUUUACAAUAUAGUGAAAUUGAUAGUAGUUUUUUUGUUGCUGCAAAUGCCUCAAUAGAUGAUUCAACAAAUUUUGCUGAUUUUAAAAAUGCAACAAAUGUUACACCAAUACCUUGUUCAGGCAAUCUUAUUCAACGAGUAUUUUAUCGUUUUAAUUAUUCAUCGAUUGAUAAUACCAUAUCAACUGUCGAAGUUUUCGUUCUAUGUGCAGCUCCAAGUGGAACUUCACCAAAUCCACGAAUUACAAUUGAAUGGAAUAAUAUUGCAAAUAUUCCAGCAUUAUCUACAACUAUUCCUCGUGGUUAUCUUGAUGGAGAAGUUCUUCAAUUUCGACGUAAUACUGUUCCUUCAGAUGUAUCAACAUUAGUUCCAUCUUCUAAUGGUUUAUGUAUUGAUGCUACACGACAAAGUCUUCGUUAUAAAAAAGGUACUUCAUCAUAUUGCUUUAUUCAAUUACAGAAAGCUACUAUACAACAAUGUCAUGGUCUCAAACUUAAUAUGUACCUCUAUUUAAAUACAUUUUAUGCUCCAGCAUCACAUGUUCUUGCAUAUCCAAGUGCAAAUGCAACAUUAAUUCAAAUACGAGAUGAUAAUCAAGAUAAAAUUGAUCUUAAUCGAAUAGAUCAAACACGCGCCACUAAUCGAUUAAAUCCAAGUGAUAUUAUUCGAACAAGGCUUAAUACAAGUCUCUAUACGAUUUAUGAUGCAACAGAAACUCUUUCAAUUUGUAAUGAUGUUCCAUCUGGUAUUUAUAUAGAAUUUGGUUUUGUUCGUGUACAAAUCAGUCCAACAGUUUCAUUUGAACGAAUUGUUUCUGUUCAAUAUAAUUAUACUUAUUCAAAUUGGCAAUUUGAUUGUACCACAUAUACUUGUGCUAGUACGUCAACACAACGAUAUCUUGUCUCCCUUCAAUCAGCUUUUAUUGAUUUCACAAGUUCGGCACUUAAUUUAACUGGUACGACAAAAGCUGAUAUAACUUCAGCUGAUAAUUAUAUUCAACAUUUACUUUGGCUUAUUACACCUGAAUAUCAUGGUGAACCUGGUUAUCGAAAUUAUACAAUUGCAAUGAUUCUUAUUUUUAUUGCAAUUAGUGUUGUCGUUAUGCAUGUUCUAUUAUUUGGAAUGAUGUGUCCAUUUUAA